CAUGGAUGUUGUAUCCAUGGAGACUGUGAUGAUAUCCCAAAUGUGGAUGCUGAGAUGGACCAUACUACUAAUUGGACUGCAGUCAACACAAGCAGACCAUAUGCCAGAUUAUGCCAUGAUGGAACAUUCACCGGACCCUUUUUGGCCAACAAUGAAAGUGUUCCCCACCACAACAAAUGUGAUGAUAACUACAACUCAACCGGAUCCCGAUCAUCAGUCUACGAUCUGCAGCACCUGGGGAAAUUUCCACUUCAAGACCUUUGAUGGUUAUUUCUUUCAACAGCCAGACACGUGUAACUACAUUCUGGCAGUGAUGUGCGACAUCACGUCUUCUGAUUUUACCAUCCAAAUGCAAAGAAAGACAGAAAAUGACUUAAUUGCUUUCAGCACAGUCUCAAUAAAGCUGGAGGGGACAGUCAUCAAACUCAGUCAUGGCAGCAUCACCAUGGAUGAAGAAGUGGUGUUUAUUCCAACUUAUAAGAAUGGAAUAAAAUUUGAGGGAAGCCCAUCAAGUCUUAAAAUCUCUAACAAACAUGGAGUGACUGUCUUUUGGGAAGAAGACAAUUCUGUAUCGAUUGAACUUCCUGAGAAGUACCAGGGCCAAACCUGUGGACUCUGUGGAAACUUUAACGGCAAUAAAACUGAUGAUUUCAGUGACACUGGUCUGGCCGCAUGGAAGUUGUCUUCACCAACUGAAUCCUGCACGGAAAUUACACUUGACACCAUUGAUCAAUGUGAAAAUCAGACAAACAUUUGUCAGCAGUUUCUCAGCAGUUCGGGGUUUGAUGACUGUCGCCAUGUUCUGGAAUUUAGUUCAUUUGAAAAGGCCUGUGUAAAUGACCUGUGUCAAUGCUAUGGGAACCACGACUGUCUCUGCAACACACUCACAGAGAUUUCACGACAGUGCACACAUGCUGGUGGCAGGCCGGGAUCAUGGAGAACAUACCAGCUCUGUCCAAAGACAUGCCCACAAAACAAGCAGUACUUUGAGUGUGGCAGUCCAUGCAGAGACACCUGCACGGACCCAGAAGGAAGCAUUUUGUGUAAAGAACACUGUGUGGAUGGCUGUUUCUGCCCUGUGGGCACUGUGGAAGAUGACAUUGGUCACAGCGGUUGUGUUCCUAUCAACGAGUGCCCAUGUGAGCAUGAUGGCACAAUAUACCAAUCAGGAGAGUCAUACACACAAGCAUGUAAAACAUGUGUGUGUGCUGCUGGAUAUUGGAGUUGCAAGGAUCUGGAAUGUCCCGGAAUCUGCUCUAUUGUGGGAGGGUCUCACAUCACCACUUAUGAUGGAAAAAGUUUUACAUUCAACGGCAACUGUGACUACAUCCUUACUAAGCACUCCAGUGAUAGUGAUAUUGCUGUCCUGGGAAAUCUGGCAAAGUGUGUUCCAGACCGAAAAGACACUUGUCUAAAUUCGGUUACCCUUGUCAUCUCAGGAACCACUAUUCGUUUUGCUUCUGCUGGAACCGUGACACUGAAUGGAAACAAACCUUAUGGUCUUCCUGUCUUCACAGAUGGUGUGGCCAUCUUCCAGCCCUCUUCCUCUUUCAUAAUUGCUGAUAUGAAGAGUCUUCGCCUAGAGAUCCAGUUGGCUCCAGUCAUGCAGUUGUAUAUUGUAGCCAGCCCUGAAGAGAGAGGGAAGCUGAAUGGUCUGUGUGGGAACUAUAACAAUGUCUUAAAAGAUGACUUUAAAACAGAAUCAGGCAUUACAGAGGGGACACCAACAACCUUUAUUAACUUUUGGAAACACUCCAGUUGUUCAGAUCUUGAUGGCUCAUUUGAGAACCCCUGUAGUCUGAGUGUGGAUACAGAGAAAUUUGCAAAAGAAUGGUGUUCCAGUCUCACAAACCCAAAUGGAACCUUUGCCCCAUGUCAUUCAGAAAUAUGUCCUAAGAUUUACUAUGAUUGGUGUGUCUAUGACACCUGUAAGUGUGCAGAUAUUAAGAAGUGUAUGUGUGCAUCCCUGUCCACCUAUGCCCACGCCUGUGCUGCCAGAGGAAUCAUUCUCCAGAACUGGAUGGAUUCAGACCCUUGUGACACGAUUUCGGAGUGUUCAAACAACAUGAAGUACUCCUACAGCGUGACCAGCUGUGGCAGUACCUGCCGUUCUCUCAGUGGGCAGGAUUACAGCUGCAAAGUGUCCACACCUGUAGAUGGCUGUGUCUGUCCUGAGGGCACCUACCUCAAUGAUGUAGGCACCUGUGUACAUGCUGACCAGUGUCCUUGUUACUCUGGCAUCGAGGUUAUAAAGCCAUCAGAAAUAUUCAACAAGGAUGGGGUUAAAUGCACCUGUAAUCUCGGCAUUUUACACUGCUCCAGAAAAGAAGACUGUAAGGCUCCAAUGGUCUUCUUCAACUGCUCAAAUUAUGAACCAGGACAAAAGGGAACAGAGUGUCAAAGGACAUGUCAGAACCAAGACCCAAAUAACUGCGUAAGUACAGGGUGUGUAUCAGGAUGUAUGUGCCCAGAUGGUUUUCUGGCAGAUGGUGACGAUGGAUGUGUGGAGAAGAGAAACUGCACAUGUACCCACAAUGGACUCACUUAUUUACCUGGCGAGCAAGUUCAAGAGGACUGUAACAACUGUACAUGCAUAGGUGGGAUGUGGACUUGUAAAGAAAAGGCAUGCUAUGGCACCUGUACCAUUUAUGGUGAAGGUCAUUUCAAGACAUUUGAUGGCAAGAGAUAUUCCUUUCAUGGAGACUGUGAAUACAUCUUAGCUCAUGAUUAUUGUGAAAUGGACCACAGUCCCUCUUUCCGCCUUGUCACCGAGAACAUCCCCUGUGGCAGUAGCAACUCUAUUUGCUCCAAGUCCAUCGAUCUUUACUUUGGGAGAUACAAGAUGAUGUUAUCUCAGGAGAAUGGGGUCAACGUUAAGGUUGAAACCAAUGGUACCGAUUAUGAAUAUAAAAUCCAAUCUGCUGGGAUCUACAUUGUCAUAGAGGUCAGAGAUCUUUUAAACUUAAUCUGGGACAAUAAAACAAGUAUAAUGCUCCAGCUGCAUCCCAGCUUAAAGGGCAAGGUGUGUGGACUCUGUGGAAAUUUUGAUGGUAAUGCAAAUAAUGACUUUAUGAAGCAUAAUGGAGAAGAGGUAGCAGAUGCAGAUACAUUUGGGAAUAGUUGGAAGGUGAAUCCCAGCUGUCCAGAUGAGACAAAUUUGAUGAACCCUUGUGAAGAAAAGCCCCAUCGACGUGCCUGGGCUAUUAAACAAUGCAGCAUCAUCAAAAGUGAUGUCUUUAAAGAUUGCCAUUCAUUUGUAGACUCUGUCCCAUAUUAUGAUGCCUGUGAAAGAGACACCUGUGCAUGUGAUACUGGGGGUGAUUGCGAUUGUUUCUGUACUGCGGUGGCAGCCUAUGCUGCUGAAUGCCGAAAAAAGGGAGUUUGUGUGGCAUGGAGGAGCCCAAGAAUUUGUCCUAUAUUCUGUGACUACUACAACUCUCAGAGAGAAUGUGAUUGGCACUAUAAAGCAUGUGGAUCCUGCAUGAAAACCUGCAAAAACCGUGCAGGAGUUUGCUCCUCUCAAAUUCCUCCACUUGAGGGAUGUUUUCUUGAGUGCCCUUUGGAGAGGCCAUAUAUGAGAGAGGAGACCUUGAAGUGUGUUACAGUGGAAGGAUGUGAUAACUGUUUAUAUAAUGGGAUUGAAUAUCAACCUGGAUCAGUUGUUUACAACACAACAGAUGGGAAUGGUGCAUGUUUAAUAGCUGUGUGUCAAGAUAAUGGAAAUAUAAAUAGAUAUGUUACAGAAUGCAUCAUUACCACAACAGCAAAACCUUUCACUUUCACAUCUACAUCCACAUCCACAUCAAUGGUUACAACAUCACCUACAUCAACUGAGACAUCUACGACCACAUCCACCACUACACCAACAACUACUGUGACACAAACAUUUACUAAGACAGAAACAACAGCUUCUUCAACUGUUACAAUAACGCCUACAUCAACAGAACCACCAUCUACAACAAGUUCAACAACAGUUACACCAUCUACAACUAGUUCAACACAAGUUACAACACCACCUUCCAUCUGUGAUUGUAACUGGUCAAACUGGACUGACAGCAACACACCCAGUAAAGAACCGCAAGGAUUCGAAAUUGAAUCCAUCACUAAACUGUGGAAAUCAAGAAAGAUUUCUUGUCACAGCCCCAGCGAAAUACAAUGUAGGGCAGUAGAUUAUCCAGAAUCCUCAUUGACAGAAAUGGGACAAAUAGUAUAUUGUAAUACAUCCUUUGGACUGACAUGCUCAAACGAAGACAAUGCAGAUGGUAUAAUACCAUUGUGUCGUAAUUAUGAAAUACGUGUCAGAUGUUGUGAAGCCAUGUGUACUACAACCACCUCUACUGUAAUGCCCCCAAGUACAUCAACCGAAACACCUACAACUGGUUCAACCACUGGUACAACACCCACAUCAUCAGAAACAUCUACGACCACAUCCACCACUACACCAACAACUACUGUGACACAAACAUUUACUGAGACAGAAACAACAGCUUCUUCAACUGUUACAAUAACGCCUACAUCAACAGAACCACCAUCUACAACAAGUUCAACAACAGUUACACCAUCUACAACUAGUUCAACACAAGUUACAACACCACCUUCCAUCUGUGAUUGUAACUGGUCAAACUGGACUGACAGCAACACACCCAGUAAAGAACCGCAAGGAUUCGAAAUUGAAUCCAUCACUAAACUGUGGAAAUCAAGAAAGAUUUCUUGUCACAGCCCCAGCGAAAUACAAUGUAGGGCAGUAGAUUAUCCAGAAUCCUCAUUGGCAGAAAUGGGACAAAUAGUAUAUUGUAAUACAUCCUUUGGACUGACAUGCUCAAACGAAGACAAUGCAGAUGGUAUAAUACCAUUGUGUCGUAAUUAUGAAAUACGUGUCAGAUGUUGUGAAGCCAUGUGUACUACAACCACCUCUACUGUAAUGCCCCCAAGUACAUCAACUGAAACACCUACAACUGGUUCAACCACUGGUACAACACCCACAUCAUCAGAAACAUCUACGACCACAUCCACCACUACACCAACAACUACUGUGACACAAACAUUUACUGAGACAGAAACAACAGCUUCUUCAACUGUGACAAUAACGCCUACAUCAACAGAACCACAAUCUACAACAAGUUCAACAACAGUUACUCCAUCUACAACUAGUUCAACACCCACAUCAUCAGAAACAUCUACGACCACAUCCACCACUACACCAACAACUACUGUGACACAAACAUUUACUGAGACAGAAACAACAGCUUCUUCAACUGUUACAAUAACGCCUACAUCAACAGAACCACCAUCUACAACAAGUUCAACAACAGUUACACCAUCUACAACUAGUUCAACACAAGUUACAACACCACCUUCCAUCUGUGAUUGUAACUGGUCAAACUGGACUGACAGCAACACACCCAGUAAAGAACCGCAAGGAUUCGAAAUUGAAUCCAUCACUAAACUGUGGAAAUCAAGAAAGAUUUCUUGUCACAGCCCCAGCGAAAUACAAUGUAGGGCAGUAGAUUAUCCAGAAUACUCAUUGGCAGAAAUAGGACAAAUAGUAUAUUGCAAUACAUCCUUUGGACUGACAUGUUCAAACGAAGACAAUGCAGAUGGUAUAAUACCAUUGUGUCGUAAUUAUGAAAUACGUGUCAGAUGUUGUGAAGCCAUGUGUACUACAACCACCUCUACUGUAAUGCCCCCAAGUACAUCAACCGAAACACCUACAACUGGAUCAACCACUGGUACAACACCCACAUCAUCAGAAACAUCUACGACCACAUCCACCACUACACCAACAACUACUGUGACACAAACAUUUACUGAGACAGAAACAACAGCUUCUUCAACUGUUACAAUAACGCCUACAUCAACAGAACCACCAUCUACAACAAGUUCAACAACAGUUACACCAUCUACAACUAGUUCAACACAAGUUACAACACCACCUUCCAUCUGUGAUUGUAACUGGUCAAACUGGACUGACAGCAACACACCCAGUAAAGAACCGCAAGGAUUCGAAAUUGAAUCCAUCACUAAACUGUGGAAAUCAAGAAAGAUUUCUUGUCACAGCCCCAGCGAAAUACAAUGUAGGGCAGUAGAUUAUCCAGAAUACUCAUUGGCAGAAAUAGGACAAAUAGUAUAUUGCAAUACAUCCUUUGGACUGACAUGUUCAAACGAAGACAAUGCAGAUGGUAUAAUACCAUUGUGUCGUAAUUAUGAAAUACGUGUCAGAUGUUGUGAAGCCAUGUGUACUACAACCAUCUCUACUGUAAUGCCCCCAAGUACAUCAACCAAAACACCUACAACUGGAUCAACCACUGGUACAACACCCACAUCAUCAGAAACAUCUACGACCACAUCCACCACUACACCAACAACUACUGUGACACAAACAUUUACUGAGACAGAAACAACAGCUUCUUCAACUGUUACAAUAACGCCUACAUCAACAGAACCACCAUCUACAACAAGUUCAACAACAGUUACACCAUCUACAACUAGUUCAACACAAGUUACAACACCACCUUCCAUCUGUGAUUGUAACUGGUCAAACUGGACUGACAGCAACACACCCAGUAAAGAACCGCAAGGAUUCGAAAUUGAAUCCAUCACUAAACUGUGGAAAUCAAGAAAGAUUUCUUGUCACAGCCCCAGCGAAAUACAAUGUAGGGCAGUAGAUUAUCCAGAAUACUCAUUGGAAGAAAUAGGACAAAUAGUAUAUUGCAAUACAUCCUUUGGACUGACAUGUUCAAACGAAGACAAUGCAGAUGGUAUAAUACCAUUGUGUCGUAAUUAUGAAAUACGUGUCAGAUGUUGUGAAGCCAUGUGUACUACAACCACCUCUACUGUAAUGCCCCCAAGUACAUCAACCAAAACACCUACAACUGGAUCAACCACUGGUACAACACCCACAUCAUCAGAAACAUCUACGACCACAUCCACCACUACACCAACAACUACUGUGACACAAACAUUUACUGAGACAGAAACAACAGCUUCUUCAACUGUUACAAUAACGCCUACAUCAACAGAACCACCAUCUACAACAAGUUCAACAACAGUUACACCAUCUACAACUAGUUCAACACAAGUUACAACACCACCUUCCAUCUGUGAUUGUAACUGGUCAAACUGGACUGACAGCAACACACCCAGUAAAGAACCGCAAGGAUUCGAAAUUGAAUCCAUCACUAAACUGUGGAAAUCAAGAAAGAUUUCUUGUCACAGCCCCAGCGAAAUACAAUGUAGGGCAGUAGAUUAUCCAGAAUACUCAUUGGAAGAAAUAGGACAAAUAGUAUAUUGCAAUACAUCCUUUGGACUGACAUGUUCAAACGAAGACAAUGCAGAUGGUAUAAUACCAUUGUGUCGUAAUUAUGAAAUACGUGUCAGAUGUUGUGAAGCCAUGUGUACUACAACCACCUCUACUGUAAUGCCCCCAAGUACAUCAACCGAAACACCUACAACUGGAUCAACCACUGGUACAACACCCACAUCAUCAGAAACAUCUACGACCACAUCCACCACUACACCAACAACUACUGUGACACAAACAUUUACUGAGACAGAAACAACAGCUUCUUCAACUGUUACAAUAACGCCUACAUCAACAGAACCACCAUCUACAACAAGUUCAACAACAGUUACACCAUCUACAACUAGUUCAACACAAGUUACAACACCACCUUCCAUCUGUGAUUGUAACUGGUCAAACUGGACUGACAGCAACACACCCAGUAAAGAACCGCAAGGAUUCGAAAUUGAAUCCAUCACUAAACUGUGGAAAUCAAGAAAGAUUUCUUGUCACAGCCCCAGCGAAAUACAAUGUAGGGCAGUAGAUUAUCCAGAAUACUCAUUGGAAGAAAUAGGACAAAUAGUAUAUUGCAAUACAUCCUUUGGACUGACAUGUUCAAACGAAGACAAUGCAGAUGGUAUAAUACCAUUGUGUCGUAAUUAUGAAAUACGUGUCAGAUGUUGUGAAGCCAUGUGUACUACAACCACCUCUACUGUAAUGCCCCCAAGUACAUCAACCGAAACACCUACAACUGGAUCAACCACUGGUACAACACCCACAUCAUCAGAAACAUCUACGACCACAUCCACCACUACACCAACAACUACUGUGACACAAACAUUUACUGAGACAGAAACAACAGCUUCUUCAACUGUUACAAUAACGCCUACAUCAACAGAACCACCAUCUACAACAAGUUCAACAACAGUUACACCAUCUACAACUAGUUCAACACAAGUUACAACACCACCUUCCAUCUGUGAUUGUAACUGGUCAAACUGGACUGACAGCAACACACCCAGUAAAGAACCGCAAGGAUUCGAAAUUGAAUCCAUCACUAAACUGUGGAAAUCAAGAAAGAUUUCUUGUCACAGCCCCAGCGAAAUACAAUGUAGGGCAGUAGAUUAUCCAGAAUACUCAUUGGAAGAAAUAGGACAAAUAGUAUAUUGCAAUACAUCCUUUGGACUGACAUGUUCAAACGAAGACAAUGCAGAUGGUAUAAUACCAUUGUGUCGUAAUUAUGAAAUACGUGUCAGAUGUUGUGAAGCCAUGUGUACUACAACCACCUCUACUGUAAUGCCCCCAAGUACAUCAACCGAAAAACCUACAACUGGAUCAUCCACUGGUACAACACCCACAUCAUCAGAAACAUCUACGACCACAUCCACCACUACACCAACAACUACUGUGACACAAACAUUUACUGAGACAGAAACAACAGCUUCUUCAACUGUUACAAUAACGCCUACAUCAACAGAACCACCAUCUACAACAAGUUCAACAACAGUUACACCAUCUACAACUAGUUCAACACAAGUUACAACACCACCUUCCAUCUGUGAUUGUAACUGGUCAAACUGGACUGACAGCAACACACCCAGUAAAGAACCGCAAGGAUUCGAAAUUGAAUCCAUCACUAAACUGUGGAAAUCAAGAAAGAUUUCUUGUCACAGCCCCAGCGAAAUACAAUGUAGGGCAGUAGAUUAUCCAGAAUACUCAUUGGCAGAAAUAGGACAAAUAGUAUAUUGCAAUACAUCCUUUGGACUGACAUGUUCAAACGAAGACAAUGCAGAUGGUAUAAUACCAUUGUGUCGUAAUUAUGAAAUACGUGUCAGAUGUUGUGAAGCCAUGUGUACUACAACCACCUCUACUGUAAUGCCCCCAAGUACAUCAACCGAAACACCUACAACUGGAUCAUCCACUGGUACAACACCCACAUCAUCAGAAACAUCUACGACCACAUCCACCACUACACCAACAACUACUGUGACACAAACAUUUACUGAGACAGAAACAACAGCUUCUUCAACUGUUACAAUAACGCCUACAUCAACAGAACCACCAUCUACAACAAGUUCAACAACAGUUACACCAUCUACAACUAGUUCAACACAAGUUACAACACCACCUUCCAUCUGUGAUUGUAACUGGUCAAACUGGACUGACAGCAACACACCCAGUAAAGAACCGCAAGGAUUCGAAAUUGAAUCCAUCACUAAACUGUGGAAAUCAAGAAAGAUUUCUUGUCACAGCCCCAGCGAAAUACAAUGUAGGGCAGUAGAUUAUCCAGAAUACUCAUUGGCAGAAAUAGGACAAAUAGUAUAUUGCAAUACAUCCUUUGGACUGACAUGUUCAAAUGAAGACAAUGCAGAUGGUAUAAUACCAUUGUGUCGUAAUUAUGAAAUACGUGUCAGAUGUUGUGAAGCCAUGUGUACUACAACCACCUCUACUGUAAUGCCCCCAAGUACAUCAACCGAAACACCUACAACUGGAUCAACCACUGGUACAACACCCACAUCAUCAGAAACAUCUACGACCACAUCCACCACUACACCAACAACUACUGUGACACAAACAUUUACUGAGACAGAAACAACAGCUUCUUCAACUGUUACAAUAACGCCUACAUCAACAGAACCACCAUCUACAACAAGUUCAACAACAGUUACACCAUCUACAACUAGUUCAACACAAGUUACAACACCACCUUCCAUCUGUGAUUGUAACUGGUCAAACUGGACUGACAGCAACACACCCAGUAAAGAACCGCAAGGAUUCGAAAUUGAAUCCAUCACUAAACUGUGGAAAUCAAGAAAGAUUUCUUGUCACAGCCCCAGCGAAAUACAAUGUAGGGCAGUAGAUUAUCCAGAAUACUCAUUGGAAGAAAUAGGACAAAUAGUAUAUUGCAAUACAUCCUUUGGACUGACAUGUUCAAAUGAAGACAAUGCAGAUGGUAUAAUACCAUUGUGUCGUAAUUAUGAAAUACGUGUCAGAUGUUGUGAAGCCAUGUGUACUACAACCACCUCUACUGUAAUGCCCCCAAGUACAUCAACCGAAACACCUACAACUGGAUCAACCACUGGUACAACACCCACAUCAUCAGAAACAUCUACGACCACAUCCACCACUACACCAACAACUACUGUGACACAAACAUUUACUGAGACAGAAACAACAGCUUCUUCAACAGUUACAAUGACACCUACAUCAACAGAAACACCAUCUACAACUAGAACAACCUCUGUUACAACACCCACGUCAUCAGAGACAUCUACGACCACAUCCACCACUACACCAACAACUACUGUGACACAAACAUUUACUGAGACAGAAACAACAGCUUCUUCAACAGUUACAAUGACACCUACAUCAACAGAAACACCAUCUACAACUACCACAACCUCUGGUACAACACCCACGUCAUCAGAGACAUCUACGACCACAUCCACCACUACACCAACAACUACUGUGACACAAACAUUUACUGAGACAGAAACAACAGCUUCUUCAACAGUUACAAUGACACCUACAUCAACAGAAACACCAUCUACAACUAGCACAACCUCUGGUACAACACCCACGUCAUCAGAGACAUCUACGACCACAUCCACCACUACACCAACAACUACUGUGACACAAACAUUUACUGAGACAGAAACAACAGCUUCUUCAACAGUUACAAUGACACCUACAUCAACAGAACCACCAUCUACAACAAGUUCAACAACAGUUACACCAUCUACAACUAGCACAACCUCUGGUACAACACCCACGUCAUCAGAGACAUCUACGACCACAUCCACCACUACACCAACAACUACUGUGACACAAACAUUUACUGAGACAGAAACAACAGCUUCUUCAACAGUUACAAUGACACCUACAUCAACAGAAACACCAUCUACAACUAGCACAACCUCUGGUACAACACCCACGUCAUCAGAGACAUCUACGACCACAUCCACCACUACACCAACAACUACUGUGACACAAACAUUUACUGAGACAGAAACAACAGCUUCUUCAACAGUUACAAUGACACCUACAUCAACAGAAACACCAUCUACAACUAGAACAACCUCUGGUACAACACCCACAUCAUCAGAGACAUCUACGACCACAUCCACCACUACACCAACAACUACUGUGACACAAACAUUUACUGAGACAGAAACAACAGCUUCUUCAACAGUUACAAUGACACCUACAUCAACAGAAACACCAUCUACAACUACCACAACCUCUGGUACAACACCCACGUCAUCAGAGACAUCUACGACCACAUCCACCACUACACCAACAACUACUGUGACACAAACAUUUACUGAGACAGAAACAACAGCUUCUUCAACAGUUACAAUGACACCUACAUCAACAGAAACACCAUCUACAACUAGCACAACCUCUGGUACAACACCCACGUCAUCAGAGACAUCUACGACCACAUCCACCACUACACCAACAACUACUGUGACACAAACAUUUACUGAGACAGAAACAACAGCUUCUUCAACAGUUACAAUGACACCUACAUCAACAGAACCACCAUCUACAACAAGUUCAACAACAGUUACACCAUCUACAACUAGCACAACCUCUGGUACAACACCCACGUCAUCAGAGACAUCUACGACCACAUCCACCACUACACCAACAACUACUGUGACACAAACAUUUACUGAGACAGAAACAACAGCUUCUUCAACAGUUACAAUGACACCUACAUCAACAGAAACACCAUCUACAACUAGCACAACCUCUGGUACAACACCCACAUCAUCAGAGACAUCUACGACCACAUCCACCACUACACCAACAACUACUGUGACACAAACAUUUACUGAGACAGAAACAACAGCUUCUUCAACAGUUACAAUGACACCUACAUCAACAGAAACACCAUCUACAACUAGCACAUCCUCUGGUACAACACCCACAUCAGAGACAUCUACAGCCAUAUCUACCACUACACCAACAACUAGAGUGACAAAAUGUUACUGCACAUUUUCAAAUGUGACAUACACAGCAGGGUCUAAAAUCUACAAUAAUACUGACAAAGCGGGUUGGUGCUUCAUUGCUUACUGCAAUGACUCUUGUAAUAUUGUGAAAUGGACUCAACCAUGCCCAACCCCUCCACCUUUGUGUCCAAUCUCAAACUGGAUUGAAGGAUGCAAUAACAAAACCUGUAUAAAUGGCAAGGUCACCUCAAGGCCUCUACAGUGUGAUCAGAGCAGUACUUUCAUACCUACAUGUGCCAAUGCACUUAAAGCUGAGAAGGUGUAUUAUAACAAUGGCUGCUGCUUCAAGUAUGAGUGCCCCUGUAAAUGCAAUGGCUGGGGUGACCCUCAUUACAAAACUUUCGAUGGAACAUAUUAUGCUUUCCAAGGAAACUGCACCUAUGUGUUGGUCCAAGAAAUCAUCCCAAAAUACAAUAUUAGUGUCCAUGUUAAAAACUUUUAUUGUGAUAUAAAAAAUAAUCUUGCCUGCCCUGAGUAUGUGAUUGUGAAUUACAAAUCCUAUAAAAUCAAGAUGACAAGCAACACUAAGGUGAUCCAUGUUUAUGUCAAUGAAGAAGAGAAGAUACCAACAUAUGUAAAUGACAUCUUUACCAUCACCACAUCUGGCAUGUCAGUUGUUAUGAACAUCUCUGAUAUUAAAGCUGAGAUUGUAGUCAGUCAUAACAGCUUUAGUGUCAAACUCCCAUUCUCGUACUUCCAUAAUAAUACAGAGGGACAGUGUGGGGUUUGUGACAACAAUAGCGCAAAUGACUGCAGACUUCCUAAUGGAACGAUUGACGUUUCAUGUGAGGACAUGGCACGGUUUUGGAUGGUCCCUCCAGGAUGCACAUACACCCCACCCACACCUAAACCCCCAGCACCCUGCAAAACACAAAUCUGUGAUGUUAUCAAGAACUAUAUGUUUAAGAACUGCCAUGAGAUUAUUCCUUAUGAAAGUUAUUAUGAGGCAUGCAAAUUUGAUGUCUGCCACAUGGGAAAUGAAUCUAAUGCUUGUGCCAGUCUGGAGAUGUAUGCCAAUAUUUGUGGCGAGGAGUCUGUUUGUGUGGACUGGAGACACUUAGCUGAUCUCAAAGGGCUAUGUGCAUACAACUGCCCCAAACACAAAGUCUACAAGGCAUGUGGGCCAAAAGUAGAAAAAACCUGCAGUACAAGGUACAAUGAUAAAUUUGUGGAGAAAGAUUGUCAAAGCAAAGACUGUCAUCAAACAUUUAUGGAAGGUUGUCACUGUCCUGAUAACACAUAUCUAGUCAGUUCAACGACAGACACCUGUACGGCUUUCUGCGAUUGCAUUGGCCCUGAUGGAUUACCUAGACAGCCCGGAGAUACAUGGACCUUGGGCUGUACCAAAUAUACAUGUUCCAAUGAGAGUUUUGGUAUUACCACAGAGCCAACUGAAUGUCCACUUGUAAAGGGCUGUUCCGAAGGAUACAAAAUAACCAUUAAAGGCUGCUGCCCAGAAUGCGACUGUGAUAGAAACCUUAAUGAAACCUGUGAAAUGAUGAAGUGUGCAUUGGGAUAUGAGUUGGGACCAAAAACUCUUGAGAACUGCUGUCCCUGUGUGCCCAAACCUGUCUGUGUUUUCGAUCACAUUGAGUACCAGCCUGGAACUAAAUUCAGCACAGAUCCUUGUGUGCAAUGCAACUGUGAAAAUGAUAAAGCCCCACAGGAUGAUUUGUAUCCAGUGACUUGUGUUAGUAUAAACUGUGAACCAUGUCCUGAGGGUUUUGAACCUGUGAAACAAGAAGGAGAGUGCUGUGGAACAUGUAAGCAAGUAGCCUGUGUUUUUGACAUAGAAAACACCAGACAUAUUCUCAAGGUUGGAGAAUUCUACAGUGAUAAAUGUGAGAAUAUUACCUGCAAUACAUUUAACGACACACUUAGGACAGAGAAGACUAUAAAAACCUGCCCUGAUUUUAAUCAAGAUGACUGUGAGCCUGGAACCGAGGAAUAUGAUGCAGAUGGAUGUUGCAUGAGCUGUGAGCCCAAGAACUGCGUUCGAGUGAAGAACACCACCCAUGUUUAUGCAGAUAAUUGUAAAUCCAUCAAUGCUGUUGAAGUGACAUCUUGCAGUGGUCACUGUGACACCCAAUCAAUGUAUUCAUUGCAAAUGAACACAAUGAUGCACAGCUGUUCAUGCUGUCGGGAGGUGAAAACGAGCCGCAAACAAGUGACGCUAAAGUGUCCAGAUGGCAGCGAGACCCUGCAUGAAUACGUCUACAUUGAAAGCUGCAAAUGCACACCUACUGAGUGUGAAAACCAGUAGACUUCUGGAUAA